UGUGCCUAUUCGAGAUUAUUAGACUAUGCUACUUUAAAUAUGUACAUUCCUUUUUGCGACGUUCAGUGUGUUUGCAUCACAUUUUCAACUCUACGGAUAGUUUUUUAAAAUUAAUUAAUUAAUUAUUUCAUUAAUAAACUGCAUGGUUUCCCAAGUAGAGGGAGGACCACACAAUAUAUCAUAGCGUGACCUCAAUUUUACUUCGAUAUUCUGAUUAUUAUAUCAAUACAUGCUCAUAAAGGCGUUUCCCCCGCCGUUGGUUGCAUAAUUCAUUUUACCGAUAGCAAAAGAUCUCCGCAUUUCGAACGAACAAACAUAGUCGCAGCCGUCAUGUUUUUUGUGUGUUUUUUUUUAACAUAUGGGAUGACUUCACUCGCAUAAAAACUGGAUGGAUAAGUGGUUAUUGAGCCGAUAUUGGACAAAGAACUUUCUCUCCUGUCACACUUGACAUCGAUCGGUGUCUGACUGUGUCCAUGAUGCGCUGCCUCGUUCAGAAGAAAACAUACCUCGUCAUUUUAUCUCCACUGCUACUAUUCGCCCUCCUCCGCUGUUGGACUCAAAGGGCCACCACCACUGUUGACGUGGGACCAGGCCAGAGCUACAAGGCACAGAAGGUUCUGAAGGAGAGGCUGCAAAAUGUCCAGAAUGGUUAUGACAAUAUCUCAUAUGUCCUGAAGGAAAGUGUGGCAGGGCGUCUGGCAAUGAACGUGUGUGUGUGUGAGGCAGAUAAGAAGCCUGCCAUCGACCUGCCUUUUGCCCAAGUGCUGUUCCCCCGUGUCUGGGCCCAGGAUGACUUCCACACAGCCUUCCAGGAGGCAGAGCUGGCUCAGGUGAAAAGUCGCAGGCAGCAGGAGUACAACAGCUUCCAGCAGAGGUACCAGACUCCCGCAGACCUCCUUGUUAUAGCAGAAGCCAACAGUCCCCUACAGUACCCUACCCAGGGGGUGGAGGUUCGCCCUCUCAAGACUAUCAUUAUCCCUGGGUUGGGGCUGAAAGAAAAGCAUAGACAACUUCAUACAGUGAAUCUGACUGCUACCCUGGGGACAUUUGAUGUGUUAGCCACCGUAGACGGGGUCUCCAUUAGAGGACAGGGAGUGAUGCACAUGACUUUGUCCAGUAGACUCCUCUCCACUCUGAACAGACAGCUACAGUUUGUCACCUACACCAACACCUUGUUCCACCCUAGGACGGCUGACACAGUGCAGUUUGAGACUGAUGGACACCAGUCCGUUUUUACCAUAAAGGUUGGACAUGCUGUUAUUCCCAAGCUCUAUCACUCAGGUUACACUGGAGAAUACAACAUAAGCUCACUUGUCACCAUAGCUACCAAGACAUUUCUGCGUUAUGACAAACUGCAGGAUCUGAUUGACAGCAUACGGGAGUUCUAUCCCACUGUCGCCAUAGUGAUAGCAGAUGACAACGAGCACCCCCAGCCAGUGAUGGGUCCACACAUUGAACAUUACAUUAUGCCGUUUGGGAAGGGUUGGUUUGCAGGGAGAAAUCUGGCUGUCUCUCAGGUGACCACCAAGUAUGUGCUGUGGGUGGACGACGACUUCCUCUUCACCUCCAACACCAGACUGGAGAAUAUGGUGGAGAUCCUGGAGAAGACCACCCUGGACAUGGUGGGGGGUGCUGUGAGAGAAGCGACAGGCUACACUGCUACUUACCGCCACACCAUCUCAGUGGAGGAAGGGGGUGAGGAGGGGGACUGUAUACACAUCAGAAAUGGAUACCAUCAUGUCAUUGAGGGCUUUCCUAACUGUGUCCUCGCCGACGCUGUUAUCAACUUCUUCAUGGGGAGGACAGACAAGAUGCAGCAAGUGGGAUUCGAUCCUCGUCUGAACCGUGUGGCUCAUCUAGAGUUCUUCAUCGACGGGCUUGGGAUCCUCCACAUAGCUUCCUGUGAUGACAUCAUCAUAAACCAUGCAUCUAAGAUCAAGUUGCCAUGGGGCAAGUCGCACAGUGAGAAGGCCUACGCCAAGUUCCGCUACUCCUCAUCGGAUGCUGUCCAAAUCAAAAAUUCCCUUUUUUACUUCAAGAACAGACUCAAAUGCAUGUCUAGUAACUGAAACAGGUCUUAAAACUGAGGUUUUUAUUUUUGUUACACUGAGCAGACAUGUUUUGUCAUCACCAACAGAGGUGUGUAUGUAAUUGUUGUUUCUCUGUAAUACUACUAGCCACCAAUGAUUUUUAUGAGGUUGGCUUUAGCUAAUUCAGAUUGGGAACCUCUCCCCCAACCUCAUAACUAGCUAACAAUGAGAAGCCAUUUCAGGAUAUCAAUCAAGCUAGAGUAGCUGGCAUGCCUGCUGACAAGGUUCGUAUACUUUAGAAAAGAACGCAAUAACUAAAUGCACUGAAUAAGACUCAUAUUCCUUUCAAUCUUUUACCCAGGUUUUAGCAGAGAUUCAGAGAAUAAUAUGUAUCACCAGGAUACAGAGGCUCAAGAGGGUUUGCUAAGUAACCAGUAAAAUAUACAUCUUUUUUAGAUAUAUGAAGCGUAAUGAUUAUAGAUGGCAGGAAAAAGCUGUUUCGGGUUUUAAGAACAAAUGUAAAAUCUCCAACUCCCGGAGGAGGGACAUAAACCCUCCCCCAGCCAUCCUCAUGUACUUUGUGCCCCCUCUGAUUUUUGGUCACCACCACAGCAUUUGUUGUGGACACAGUGAAUGUGAAGAACCAAGCCAAUGAGCAUCUCCUUUGUCUGUGCUCCUUUGUCAGGCUUUGGUCACGGUGUGUUUCCACCGUAGAGAAUGAUAGAGACGUGAUCUUUCUAUGUGUCCCAUUAUGACAUCUGUGAGCACACGGGCAGCACCAUUGAGGCAAAAACAUUUAUUUAUAUAUUUUUUGGUCCUUAUGAAACUGGUAUGCUUUUUUACUAAUUUUCUUUAACCAAAUUUGGUCUUUAAUGCAGUGACGACCGACAAGUUCCUUACUUUUUCCCCCUUCCACUUGCCUCUUCCAUUUUUUUUGCAGUAAUGCUGCAAUUAGUUGGUUGUAAUUUUGGGUUGAGCAGACAUAUUUUUGUUAGCUGCAUGUGUGACAACUCCACCAGUCCUAUUUAUGAUAUAAUUAACAAAGAUUAUACCGUUUUAUUUUAUCGAUAUAUUUUUUAAUAUUUUUUUUAGCAAUUAGUAUAUUUGAGUUUAACCAAUAUUGGUUGUAUUAUUUGUUCUGUCUUUUCUGGUGGACUAAACUGAAAUUGCAACCAACUUUCUUCUUGUUUUAAAAAUAACAAUAUUUUGAAGAUUAUACGAUAUUCAAAUAACCGAAAGUGAGAGGUGGUAAUCUGAAUAAAGGGAAAAGGUCCAUUCUUGAACAUGGGGUGAGACAUUCUUACUAAUUUGCUAGCGAACCAGUUCGGAUUUAAGUAUAACUGACGCAUUUAGUGAGAGGUCUAAUGCUUUAUAAUAUAUGCCAUUUAGCAGAUGCUUUUAUCCAAAGCGACUUACAGUCAUGUGUGCAUACAUUCUACGUAUGGGUGGUCCCGGGAAUUGAACCCACUACCCUGGCGUUACAAGCACCAUGCUCUACCAACUGUGCUACACACACUCUACCAACUGUGCUUUAAAAUGAACCAUUUCUGCCCUCCGAAUUCAUUUUCAUUAUAUAAAUAGGCUAUUUUAAUUGUGUCUGGCUUGCCAUUCCAAAUAAAAUGUCAUAUCUUUUGCUUAUAUCAUCUAAAAAAACAGGUCGCUAGGUGUAGACAAGACCAUAAGCAAAUAGGCAAACUGGGAUAUGUUUUUAAGUUUUACAUUUUCUUAUUUUACUACUUCUGUUGGCAAACAGAACAGAACUAACAGUGGUGUAAAGUACUUAAGUAAAAAUACUUUAAAGUACUACUUAAGUUGUUUUUUGGUGUAUCUGUACUUUACUAAUUAUAUUUUUGACUACAUUCGUUAAGAAAAUAUUGUACUUUUUACUCCAUACAUUUUCCUUGACAUCCAAAAGUAGUCGUUACAUGUUGAAUGCUGAGCAGGACAGGAAAAUGGUCCAAUGCACUGCCUCUGAUCUGGCGGAUUCACUAAACACACAUGCUUCGUUUGUAAAUUAUGUUUAAGUGUUGGAACGUGCCCCUGGCUAUCCAUAAAUAAAAUAAAAACUAGAACAUUUGCUUUGCUUAAUAUAAGGAAUUUGAAAUUAUUUAUACUUUUUCUUUUACUUUAUUUUAGCAAUUACAUUUACUUUUGAUAACUAAGUAUAUUUUAAACCAAAUACUUUGACUUUUACUCAAGUAGAAUUUUACUGUGUGUCUUUUACUUGAGUCAUUUUGUAUCAAGCUAUCAUUACUUUUAGUAACGUAUUGGGUACUUUUUCCACCACUGCAAACAGAAAGGGUGCAUACUGCGAAUCAAUGUUUUGCUCACGAGUAUAAUUCAUUGGCUCAGCCCUCCUGGUGACCUGGGUGUAAUUAUGAGAGCCUUCCUUAACCCUUUAGAAGUCCCACCUAGUUGACUGCUUUUAAAAUGGCAGAAGCACUCAAGGGCAAAGUCCAUGCCAAAACAGGUUUUAUCAAUCUAGAGUCCUCUAACUAACUAUGGUAUUAACAGACUGUGCCAAAGUGUGAGUCAUGCCAUAGUACUGAAGUGUAAGGUCUUCUCCCUCCUGAUUACUUUAAUUACCUGACUUAAACCCUCUUACUCUUUGAGGAGCAUAUGAUAUCCUCCCACUCUACUACUCUGGACAAAGUUAUCACUGUUCAAUGUUUACGUGGCAAACCUGUCUAUCAUGGGGUUUGCCAAAUUAAUGGGGCGGCAGGUAGCCUAGUGGUUAGAGUCUAGUGUUUAGAGCGUUGGACCAGUAACUGAAAGGUUGCUAGAUUGAAUCCCGAGGUGGCAAGGUAAAAAGAAAACUGUCGUUCUGACCCCGAACAAGGCAGUUAACCCACUGUUCCUAGGCCAUCAUUGUAAAUAAGAAUUUGUUCUUAACUGACUUCCCUAGUUUAAUAAAACAUCAUGGUCUGUUUAUGGCUCCCUAUAUAGUGCACUGCUUUUGUAUAGGAAACACUGUGCUAUUUGGGACACAUCCAUGGUCUGAGAUCACAAUAUGAACUUUAAUUUAUGGAGACUGACAUUCUGAAUAUUGUCCUGAAUUCACGCCAUCCAAACAUCUUUUCAUCUAGCUGCAGCUCUUCCAACCAAUCAAAGACUUACUUCCUUUGAAAUGAAAUGUAGGUUUACCUAUAAUAUGCUUUUCUAUUUUUGCACUCUUCAUGAAAAGCAUUUUGAUUGAUGAAUUUCAUUAACUUGCUGUCUUUUUUUUAUACAAAGAACUGUAAUGAUCUGUUUGUAUUGCAUAAUCAUGGACACCUACCAAAGCAUGAUGUCCUGCCAAUGUAAUAAUGAUAAAGCCAGGCAGGUCACCCAUGAUACAAGUAUUCAACGUGAUAUAGAUUAAUGUAUUCUCUUCAUGAUGAAUUCAAGCAGUCAUACUUUUUGUAAUAUUUUGCAUGAAUGUUAGUGAGACUGUGUGAUAUCUCGUUACAUGCUGCCAUUAUACUAUUUACUAUUUACUAUAUAUAUAUUUGCCGUUAUACUAUUUACUAUAUAUACUAUUUGACCACAAGGUGGAACCAGAGACCUGAAUAAUGAUUGCCUAUAGAAAUCUAGUACUGUUUUGUCCCUAAUGUCAAGUUCAGUUUUCUACAGUUAAAUUAUGAAAAUGUAUUGUUUUUAUUAUUAAAAUGUAAUGGUUAAGUUUA